UGUGCUAAUUGGUCCUACCUGUUCCUUGGUCCAGAGCUCUCCUCACCAUCUUCUCUCCCUGGUGCCAGCAUCUUUAGUGUCCGCAGUCUCUGGUCAUCUCCUGUACUGUGUCUGCAGUCUCUGGUCAUCUCCUGUACUGUGUCCGCAGUCUCUGGCCAUCUCCUGUACUGUGUCUGCAGUCUCUGGUCAUCUCCUGUACUGUCUGCAAUCUCUGGUCAUCUCCUGUACUGUAUCCACAGUCUCUGGUCAUCUCCUGUAGUGUGUCUGCAGUCUUUGGUCAUUUCCUGUACUAUGUCUGCAGUCCAUUGGUUCAGAAUAUUUUUUUUCUUGUUUUCCUCCUCUAAAACCUAGGUGCGUCUUAUGGUCA